AUGCCGACACGUCUGCAACUCACAGCCAUCUUCUCCAUGCUGCCGUCGCUUGCAGCGCCGGAGUCUGCACUUCCUUUCUCGGGGCAUAUGUGGAGGAGCCGUUCUCUUUGCCAGGGCACCAUUGGACGUCUCAAGUUCGGUUUCAGGCAGGGACGCUUCGAAGUGUUUCGAGCGCGAAAGCCUUACAUGGGUAGGCUAGUGCACCAGAGAGCUCGGCGAAACGAAUUUGCAGAAAGUCGCCUUAUCACAGGCUUCGACAUGAUUCGACUGCACCUCCACGGCGGUAAGUCGCGGCCAGCUGGUACGUCUUGGGCGUUGCAUGUAGAAUGGCGUCCUUGCAGCACAAGCAGGUGGCAGCCGGGUGGCAACAACUCCGAGCACGACUCGAGUUCCUGGGCUGAUGUGGUCAUGUCUUUGUUGCUCUUAUUGUUGAAGGGUUUAAUGUUACUUUAG